GAAGAUUUCCGUAUCUUAUUAUGUUAACUGGAACUCGAAACGCUACUCGCUGCUUCUCUCUUCUCCUGUCCCCAGCAUCUGCGAAACCCUAGGUUUUCGAUCCUUUUCUCUGCGACUAUUCUUUCGCGGUUAUCGAAUAAGAAAGCGAACAGCAGUGGUUCCCUUGCCCAGGGAUUCAAGUGAAAUCUCGUUCCUUGGUUUUCGAGUUUGAGGGUUUUGAUGGAUGGUGACUCCGUCACACAAGCUGAAUCAACUGUUUCCUGUGCCCGUUGUGGCAAGCCUGCUCACCUUCAAUGUCCGAAAUGCGUCGAACUAAAGCUACCUCGUGAAGGUGCUGCAUUUUGUUCUCAGGAUUGCUUCAAAGCAGCAUGGAGUUCUCAUAAAUCAGUCCAUGUGAAGCUAAAAAAUGACGAGGCUUUUAAUCAUUCUGAAGAGUUGCAAAAGAAUUGGCUAUAUUGUUUAAAGAAAGGCCAAAUCCGGACACCUCAGUGUCCUCAUUUUGAUUGGACGGGAACACUACGACCAUAUCCAAUAUCAAAACAUCGAGUGGUGCCUGCGGCGAUUGAGAAACCUGAUUGGGCCAUGGAUGGAAUCCCGAAGAUCGAACCAAGCAGUGACUUGCAGAGUAGAGUGGAAAUAAAGACGCCAGACAAGAUUGAAAGAAUGAGAGAAACAUGUCGGAUUGCAAGGGAGGUUUUGGAUGCGGCUGCUCGUUUCAUUCGACCAGGAGUAACAACUGAUGAAAUUGAUGAAGUGGUGCAUGAAGCAACUAUUGCUGCUGGUGGAUAUCCGUCUCCACUAAAUUAUCAUUUCUUUCCAAAAUCUUGUUGCACAUCUGUUAACGAGGUCAUCUGCCAUGGUAUUCCCGAUGCUAGGAGAUUAGAAGAUGGCGACAUUGUUAAUGUUGAUGUAACUGUGUAUUACAAAGGUGUUCAUGGUGAUCUGAACGAAACAUACUUCGUUGGAAAUGUGGAUGAAGAGUCCCAGCGGCUUGUCCGUUGCACAUAUGAAUGCUUGGAGAAAGCCAUUUCUAUAGUUAAACCUGGAGUUCGCUUUCGUGAGGUUGGGGAAGUCAUCAAUCGACAUGCAUCCUUGUCUGGGUUCUCUGUGGUGAAAUCAUAUUGUGGUCAUGGUAUUGGAGAGCUGUUCCAUUGUGCCCCUAAUAUUCCUCACUAUGGUAAAAACAAAGCAGUUGGUUUAAUGAAAAAGGGGCAGAUAUUCACAAUUGAACCCAUGAUUAAUGCUGGAAUUUGGCGUGAUCGAUUGUGGCCUGAUGGAUGGACUGCAGUCACUUCAGAUGGGAAAAGAAGUGCUCAAUUUGAGCACACACUUUUGGUGACGGAGACCGGCGUCGAGGUUCUAACAGGUCGGCUGCAAUCAUCUCCCCAUGUUUUUCCCUGGCUGAGCUCUUAAUAGCCCACAGAAUUCGCACCAGAUUCCAGUGAGGAACAAGUUAUGCAGCCAAAAAUAAUAAACACCGCCAUUCAUUUUGUAGCCUUCGAAAAUAAUUAUUAUGUUCACCGUCCAAUUUGAACAUAUUGCUUAUAUUUGGAGUUGUAUAAAUAUAUUUUAAGUAGGGUAUUUUGAUUGUUAUUGACUGAUUAGUUUACAUUCUGUAAUGACGAAUUUGAUUGUUGUAUCUUAUUAAGAGCUAUGAUUCUUGGUGUUGUACGCAGCGUUGAUAUUUAGUAUUGAGCAGUCCUCGUUAUUGUUA